UCGUAUCUUUAUCUUACGUUAACUCGUCAUCAUUUGUAUUUCAUAAUUUGUUGAUACUGUUGAAGUAAUUUUAAUAAAAUGGAGUCUAGUGGUCCAGUCAACUAUUCCGACAAAAUAAAAGAAGAACCUAAUGAUAUGGGUUAUGUCACAAAUGAUAAGGAGCAAACAAUAAACCAAGAAUCUGAUUCUUCAAAUAUGCAAUAUCACAGAUGUCUGCAAGAGAAUAUCAUUCAUACGCUCGAAGAACGCAGAGAAAUGAAUGAUUUUCAAUCUAACCAAGAAACUAAAAUAGAGUUUGAGUGCAAAGAUGAAAAAUCCGAUGUAAAUUUAUUAGUAUCCGCUGAAGCGAGCGAAGGAAUUCAUGAAUUUCAACCUAACCAAGAAAUUAAAAUAGAGUUUGAGUGCAAAGAUGUGAAACCAGCUGUGAAUUUAUUAGUACCCAAUAAAGUGAACGAUUGGUCGAACGAUUUUGCUACUCAUUCCUCAAUUAAAAUAGAAACUGAAGGCACAGUCAAGAAAGAGUUUCUCAGCGAUAUUAUAAAAAGUAUAGAUUUCAAUACUGGAAGCGAACUCCAUGGAAAGGAUACCAAAAUUAGUCCUCAAAUAGAGAAACCCCAAAAAUCUAAUCAAUGUGAGAAAUGUUUAAAAAAUUUUUCUGCAAAAAACAGUUUGAAAACCCACAUUGAUAUGGUGCAUAAACGUAUCACUUAUCCGUGUGACAUUUGUGAAAAGACAUUUAAAAGUCAACUCUAUAUCAAGUUGCAUAUUGAUUUAGUGCAUAAAGGUCGAAAAUCUUACAGCUGCGAUGUAUGCGAAAAGUCAUUUGUACAAAAGAGUAAUUUGAAAGCCCACAUUGAUAUGGUGCAUAAACGUAUCACUUACCCGUGUGGCAUUUGUGAAAAAACAUUUAAAAUCAAAAAUUAUCUGAAGUCACAUAUUGAUUCAGUGCAUAAUGGUCGAAAAUCUCACAGCUGCGAUACAUGCGGAAAGUCAUUUGCACAAAAAAGUGCUUUUAAAUUACACAUUGAUUCUAAGCAUAAUCGUAUCAAUUACCCAUGUGGCAUUUGUGGAAAAACAUUUGUAAAUAAAGGUAAUCUCAAAGUGCAUACGGAUUCAGUGCAUGAUAAUCGAAAACCUCACAGCUGCGAUGUAUGCGGAAAGUCAUUUGCACAAAAAAGUAAUCUGAAAAAUCACAUUGAUGUGGUGCAUAAUUGUAUUGCUUACCCGUGUGACAUUUGCGGGAAGUCAUUUACACUAAAGAGUAAUCUGAAAACACAUAUUAAUUCGGUACAUAAACGUAUCUCUUACUCGUGUGACAUUUGUGAAAAGACAUUUUCCUAUAAGGGUAGUCUCAAAUUUCAUAUUGAUGCAGUGCAUAAUGGUCGAAAAUCUCACAACUACGAUUUAUGCGGGAAAUCAUUUUUACAAAAGGGUGCUCUGAAAGCUCACAUCGAUGUGGUGCAUAAAAAUAUCACUUACCCGUGUAACAUUUGUGAAAAGACAUUUUCAAGCAAGAGUUCUAUCAAGUCACAUAUCGAUUCGGUGCAUAAUGGGCGAAAAUAUCAAUGUGAUAUAUGCGGAAAGUUAAUUGCAUAUAAGAGGGCUUUAAAAUCACACAUUGAUACAGUGCACAAUCCGAUUUCUUAUUCGUGUAAAAUUUGCGAAAAAAUAUUUAAAAAAAAACGUUAUCUCAAGUCGCACGUUGAUUCAUUGCAUAAUGAGCGAAAAUAUCACUGUGAAUUAUGCGGAAUGUCAUUUUUAUACAAGGGUGCUCUGAAAACUCAUAUUGAUUGGAUACAUAAUCAUAUUUCCUACCCGUGUGACAUUUGCGGAAAAUCAUUUUCAAGAAAAAUACAUUUAAAAAAACACAUCGAUUCAACUCACAAAUAAAUUAACAUCAUGUGAUAAUUGCAAGAAAACAUACUUCAUGUAAAAAAUACAGCUCAAAAAUGAAUGCGAACUGUACUAGAGAUUUUUGAAAUAAAAAAACUGUUUAUUUAAAUAAAUUAUUAAUGAAUACUAAAACAAUAAAACUAAAUCAUAAUGAUAUGGAAAAUUU